UUGUUAAUUUGUGUUGCAUUUUCAGUUAAAGAAGCGAGUUACACGCAAACUCGUCGCGUAUGACUUGUGCUCUGAAAUCCGAGCCAGAGUUGCAAGCGAUAUAUACUACGAGACUUCAAAGACAGCUCUUCACAUCCUUUAAAUUAGGUCCCUAUAUUCCUUUCGUAAAGUAACCUUACAACUCUUUUUUACGGUAUAACCUCGAUUCUAAAUUUCAUUCUAGAUCAUCUCUAGUGGCACUGAAGAGUGUCUGUACUCAGUUUAGUUGUGCUAAGCUGAAUAGGUACUUCUUAAAUGCUUCGUCAAGUUAUCCUUUGGGGCAUUUUAGCCCUCGUUGCCGCGCUCAAAACGGAGGCAACAUACCAGCCAGACUCUGUACCGCAAUUGAAGCUUCCAUGGGGAACUUGGAAUGCUACAUACUAUGAACUCGAUAACCAGACUUUCCUAUUCAAAAAUGUCCGUUUUGGGGCAAUACCUCGCCGCUUCAGUCAAGCUAUUUCUCCAGAUUGGCUCAAUGAUACGGUGCAGGAUAUCGCCCAUGAAAUUUCUUGCAUCCAAGUCAAUACUUCAGGACUAGAAGACCCCCCUGGAGGUAAACCUGUCCUCAGGGACCCAGAGCCUAUUGUUCAUGGGCAAUAUGAAGAUUGCCUGGGGCGAGUCCGCCGGCACGGGAUCUAUUCUACAUCACCUCAUCCGAGAAGAUGGCAAAAAAGAUCCCUUGUUCAGUACAUUCGCGGCUCUAAGUCCCGCUUUUCAAUGGUCCUGGGAUAACUCCCCCGAUAGCGAGCUCGAUAUGAUCUAUAAGUCGUUCUCAAACCUUUCCGGAUGUGGCUACGAAUAUAACAUUAACUGUCUAGAGGAUUCUUCUCUAGAGAAAUUGAUAUUAGCUAAUCAAAAGCUAUUUUCCCAAGCCAGGACGAAAGGUUUCUUUCCUGUGGGACCGGCGGUGGAUGAGGUUUGGAUUCAAUCUAUUCCCGCAGUCAGCUUUUAUCACGACAAGUAUUGGAAAGGCAUUGAAGCUGCUAUAAUAUCCCACUGCGCGAAUGAGCCUUACAGCUUCACUCCGAAAAUCACCACACAAGCAGAGUUCGACGAGUAUCUACGCAGAUUUUUCCCAAGUGAAAAUCUGGAAAACGUGAGGACCGCAAUCAGGGAACGAUACGACUGCGCAGUUGACCUCAACGGCAAUUUCCAAAAAUGCCUUGCUAUAGUCAUCCGGGAUGCAAUGUUCACGUGUAACACAAGAGACCUCUUCCAGGCAUACUCAGAAGUAUCUUAUAUGAUGCAAUAUGCGUUUCCAGGCAUCGAGUUUGCUGUUCACGCAUCAGACUUAAUUCCACUAUUCCUGAAUAGCCAGCAGGAAGUGAUUGACCUCCUACAUGAGGACAUAGGCCCUUUCUACGCCUGGUUUCUGGGCAACGAGACUCCGAGGACAUACAAAAAUUAUUUUACGUCGUUUGCCCUCACUGGAGAUCCAAACAAAGGUCUUUCGUCACCAAAGGUAGCGUGGCCAGUUGCAGAUGGAAGUGGUGACGAACUCUCAGGUGUCAUGAAUGUGGGACUUUUGCCGCGUUUUUCGCCUUGUCACAGAUGAUCAAAAUUCAAAUAGAACCUGCUGGUUCUGGAAAGAUGUUGCGGAGGAUAUAACUCUUCAACAGAUGCAUAUCCACCAUGAGGAGGGCGUCCAACUCACAAUGGAUUCUGGGGAGCUUUAGUCCUUUUGGACCACAGAAGAACAAACAACAUAGCUUUUCUUCCAUUACGGAUGUUUUUCUGGGUUUUUAUCUUAAGUCUCGAAUGUGGUGGGAUAAUGGAUGGAUUUGCAUUCUUUGAUGAAAAUUAAACCAAUAACAGAGCAUAUCAGGGAGAUUGAGGAGGGGGUGUUUUUACUCGGAUAUUCUAUUCUUUAACGGGCUGCGUUCCACCGCUUUGUUUCUAGGGUUCCUAGAGCUAUAGCAUUGUUAUUGUGAAUGGCGAUGUCACGUCGUCAUUUAGAACCUGAGUAGCAACCAUUCCGCACCAUUUGAGACGGCGAGACAACCCAAAAUAUAAAAGUGACGAUUUCACCUUCUCAAUGUGAGAGACGUAUCCUAGCUAAUUAAUUAAGAAUAUUCAAUAUGGAAGGCCCUGAU